AAAAUUAUUGUUUUUGGCAAAUCAAGUGUGUUAUUUAUUUAUCUAUUUUUUUGGAAUCUCAUUGAGUACUUUUUCUUUUUUCUCUAACCAACACGCAAGACCCGGCAUUAGCUGCCACAAAACGCUGAUAUCUCAACCUCCAAUAUUUUCUCACACUCAAGAAGUUGAUAUGUCUCUCUAAUAAGCUCCCUAAUUCAUCCCCACUAUUUGAUGAGAUUCAAUAUUCAUCUCCUUCUUCAAACCUUGUAUAGUUCUUGCCUCCUACAUCUUCUCCUCCAUUUUUGGACACCGUUUUUUCCACUGUUUUUUUAAAAUUUCCCCUUCCUUCUUUCUCUGCCAUGUAAAAACCAAGACCAUUUCCUCUCUCACAACCUUUAUAUACACCCCCUUCUCAUUCCCUUCUUCCUUCACUCUACCUUUUCUCUCUAACAACUAACAACUUCCUUCUCAUAAUCAUCAACAUCAUCAUCGAUCAUCGUCAUUGCUCAUGGCUUUUUUCUUAUAUUCUUCAUCCAUUAAUCCUUUGGUAAUACCACUAGUACUAGUUCUGCUUUUCUUAGCAUUGUUUUCAAUCCCAGCAACUUCAACUUCAAGGAAAGUUGUUGUUCAAAAUCACAACAGUAAAAACCACCAAAUUACAGGGUUCAAAGUUUCACUUAAGCAUGUUGAUUAUGGUAAAAACCUUACAAGUUUCCAGCGUCUUCAGCGUGGGAUCAAGAGAGGGAAGCAAAGACUGCAGAGGCUGAAUGCAAUGGUUUUGGCUGACAAAACUUCUUCUUCUUCGACGGAUAGCUCUGCCGUUGAAUCGCCUGUGAACGCCGGAAACGGCGAGUUCUUGAUGAAAUUAGCUAUUGGCACCCCUCCCUUAGCUUACUCUGCUAUCAUGGACACCGGAAGCGAUCUGAUAUGGACUCAGUGCUCGCCUUGUAAGGAUUGUUUCAGUCAAUCGACCGACAUUUUCAAUCCGAAAAAGUCCACUUCUUACUCCAAUCUACCAUGCUCCUCUGAGCUCUGCACAGCGCUUCCUUCUUCCACAUGCAGCGAUGGCUGCGAGUAUUACUACGCUUAUGGCGAUUACUCUUCCACACAAGGUCAGCUAGCGACCGAAACAUUCACGUUCGGCGAAUCGGAUGCCGAAGUUUCGGUACCAAACAUCGGGUUCGGUUGCGGCGAAGACAAUGAAGGUGACGGAUUCAAUCAAGGUGCAGGAUUGGUAGGUCUUGGCCGUGGACCAUUAUCUUUGGUUUCGCAGCUCAAAGAGCCGAAAUUCUCCUACUGUUUAAACUCCAUAGAUGAUUCGAAAUCGAGCUCGCUUUUAUUGGGUUCUUUAGCGAAUCUGAACGGCAGCACAUCUUCACAUGCCAUCAAAACAACGCCGUUGGUGCAGAACCCAUCGCAGCCAUCUUUUUACUAUCUUUCACUGCAAGGAAUAACGGUUGGAGAAGAACGUUUGCCGAUCAGCAAAGACACUUUUUCCCUCCAAGACGAUGGAAGCGGCGGCUUAAUCAUCGAUUCGGGGACGACGAUUACUUAUUUAGAAGAGAGUGCAUAUGAUGAGCUGAGAAAAGUUUUCUCUUCGAAGGUUAAUCUUCCGGUUGACGAUUCUGGUUCAGAAGGACUUGAUCUUUGUUUCAAGUUGCCUUCCGACUCGUCGAAGGUGGAUGUUCCGAAACUGAUAUUCCAUUUCGACGGCGCGGAUUUGGAUUUUCCGCCGGAGAAUUAUGUGCUUUUGGAUUCGGAUUUGGGAUUGCUUUGCUUGGCUAUGGGAGCUUCCAGUGGGAUGUCAAUCCUUGGGAAUUUUCAGCAGCAGAAUACUUUGGUUCUUCAUGAUCUUCAAAAGGAAACGCUGUCGUUUGUUCCUACAAAAUGUGAACAGUUGUGACUCGCUUGUUGUGAUUUGUUUGUGUACGCAACAUGAUCGUCAUAUGAAUUUGUUGUCAUUUAUGGGAUUAAUGUUGUUUCAA